CCACGGAGGAAGUGACGUAAUAAACUGGUGCCCCGGCGGACACGAGAGGGGAGCAAGUUGAGGCCAUGGCCCCUCGGCGCCUCCUGUUGGUUGGGGAAGGGAAUUUCUCCUUCGCCGCGGCCCUGAGCGAGACCCUGGAUGACAGCACCAGCGUGACCGCCACCUGCCUCCAGCACCCGGCCGACCUGGCCCGAGACCCGGUGGCCUGGGAGAAUCUGCGGCGCCUGCGCGAGCGAGGUACUGAGGUACGUUUUGGUGUGGACUGCACCCAGCUGGCAGAUGCCUUUGAACUACACCACAGGGAGUUUGAUCGCAUUUAUUUUAAUUUUCCGCACUGUGGACGCAAAGCUGGAGUAGCUAAGAACAGGGAACUGCUUGCCAAGUUUUUCCAGAGCUGCAAAGAUGUUCUCGCAGAAGAAGGAGAAGUCCAUGUGGCAUUGUGUAGAGGACAAGGUGGGACUCCUGCUGAUAAGCCGCUGAGAGAAUGGCACAACAGUUGGCAAGUGGUUGCCAUGGCAGCUCUGGGGGGAUUCAUUUUAAGUGACGUGCAUCCCUUCAGCUGUGAGGCUGUACCGGGGUACAAGUGCACUGGAUACAGGAGUCAAGAUAAGUCCUUUCACGUAGAAGGUGCUUUGAACCAUGUCUUCACCCGGAGCUUACCCUUUGAAGGUUCACAACCCAGAAUCUUCAGGACCAAACUGGGUGAUCGGUGGUUUUCCUUUUCAGAACCAGAAGCGCUUGUAGGAAAGUUGAACAGAGGUUUCCUAGAAGCACCUUCAUGUCAUCCUGUCAGAAUCAUUAAUGAGAAACUCCUUGCUGAACUGGGAAAAGUUUUCCCUCUAAAAAGGCUGAAGUGUCCCUUCCCUUUGCUUCCAGAGGGAAGCACUAGUGUUCUCACUUCCUGGAGCCGUGACAUUCCGUCAGCUGCCUUUUGGAUUAAUCUCCAUGAAGAUAACUCAAAUUCCGAGUCCUUGGCUGAUGGGACGACGCAAGACAUGGAGGACUUUCUAGUGUUAUUUUCAGAGCGUAGCCUUCUCAGGGAUCCUGGAAGAGAUGGUAAGGAGGAAGCUCAUGAAGAAAGCUACGGCCAAAGCAAGGUCUGCCUCAGGCCUUCUCUCCUAGUUCACGUGCAGGCGGUCAUCCAGGCACCGGCCUUUCUCCCCGGUUGCCUGCAUGUCCUCAGUGGGCCUGUCUUUCAGAAGUGCCGCAUCUUGCCUUCCACAAUGCCGGCAUUUCAUGAGACCUUAUUUAUCAUUGGGUUUAAUAAAAAUCUGAAGGAUGGUUGUCUUCAGUCACUACUGGAUCACCUGAAGGGUUUUCUUGAUAGCCUUCUGACCCAGACAUUGCUGGAGGGCUCUAAGCUGAGCAGUUCAGUGGAAUUUGUCUUUCAACCAAAUGGCAAAGAGUAUAGUAUUAAUGUGAAGCCUCAUAAUUUUGGCCCAGAUUGGGCCACGGAUCUGACCGUUGGGUCUGUCACCACACCCUCUACAGGCAUUAUGCACGAAGACCAGUGUUUUGUGUUGGUGUCUAUGAACUUGGACCUACUAGCCAUGCUUGUCUGGGGUAUCUCAGACUGGAGGAUGCUGUGGAGCUUUGAUCACCGUUUCCUGAAGAAUUUUGUCUCCGGGAACAUAGAACCCUUUAGAAGCUAUUCCCUGUAUCCUCCGUGCUACGUUCAUGAUAUUAGUUUUUGGUUAGAUGAGAAGAAAGGAUUUGAUGAACUAGAAUUUCACACAGUGGCGCGAGCAGUGUCCCGGGACAUGGUCAUCUCCAUACAGUUCCUCAGUCGUUUUCAGCAUCCAAAGACUCAACAGGUCAGUCUCUGCUAUAGACUGACUUACCAGACGUGUGACAAAGCCCUCACCCAGCAGCAGGUGGCAUCAGUGCAGUCCCAGCUUAGGAAAGAGAUUCAGCAAAGACUACACGUAAUACCUCGGUAGUUUAGAAAAUUCAUUUCCCCAGAGUGAUCCCCAUGCGAGCAGGUGUGGGUGCGGAGGCCAAUGAAAAAGACCACGUUAUAAUUGGUAGUCCUUUCCGGACUGUGUGGUUUGUAAAAUCUUUAACCUUGUGACUUUGGCCAGGGUUGGUUGAGUCUAGAGAAACUUGUGACUCAGGGUGCCUGAGUGGCUCAGUCAGUUGAGUGCUGAGCGCCCGACUCUUGAUUUUGGCUCAGGUCACGAUCCCAGG